CGUCUUACAAUAGCUGCCCCUGGUGAUUCUACCAUGGAUACCAAUAAUGGAACCCUAGGUAGCCCCAUGCAAUUGCAGUGUAAUGCUGCAAGUUCUGCAGAAGAUAUUAAGAAGUUGUUGGGAGAGAAACUGCAGAGGCAACUUACUGAUUAUUCAGUCAUCUUCAAUGAUACAGAGCUGACAACUGUCCACAGCAUUCUGAAGGAUCAAGGUUUGGGAAAUGGAGGUCUGGACCAAAUUUUUACCUUACUCAUUAUUUUAAAUGAGGAAAAUCGAAGAAUAGAAAUCACCAGUAUUCAAACUGCCUCACAAGUUGGUAUGCCACCUCUUCCAGUUGUGGAACCUGAAGUCAAGAUGAGCAGUGUGGAGAUCCAAGCUGUCUUUCCGUUAGUGGCUACUGCUGAAGAACCUCCCAAGAAGCGAAGAAGGUCAUCAGGAUCCGCCACAGGAAAAGGUAACGCUAAACCUGGUCAGCAGCUUGCCUCAGUAUCUCAACAAGUUCCUGUCAUCAGUUGCACUAAUUCUGAUAGCAAUGUCCAUGCACAGCAGAUUUCAGUCAUAAAGAAUGGUUUGGAAAAUUCUUCUGGUAAAGAUGAAGCAUCCUUAAUUGGAAUCACUCAAGCACAAGGUUCAUUCUCUCUAAAAGGUUUGGCAGGAAUUGGGUCAGAUCCCCCAACAUUAAUUCUGCAACCAUCAUCUCAGAACAGCUCAGGAGAAGAUAAAUCUCCAUCUGCAGAUGCUGUGAGCGGUGAAGAGGAAGAAAAAGCAAAGAGUAUUGAUGGAAAAACAUGUCCAGGCAACAGAUCAG